AUGUACUACGCUCAGCACUCUCCUGGGAUGGGCUCGCCAGCCGGUCAGCUCAUCACACAGCACUGGCAGCAGCAGCUCUUUAAAUGCGAAACAGUUCGGUCGUCACGCUCACCCCAUUUCCGGGCAAGGGCAAAUGCUCUUGCGUCACGGACCGUAGCAAAGUCUGCCAUUCCAAUCACAAAUCCAAACAAGCCGGAGGAGCCUGUUGACGACGAAAACCAUCCGUCGUCGACCGUCGCACCCAUAGCGGAGGCACCGAGACCGACAGCGGUCGCUCCACCGCAAAACAACUGGGGUUCGCUGGACAUGGGUGGUGUCGGUCUCAAGAACUUGCCUCCGUCAUCAGGCUUGUUUUCAUUCACAUUCCUACUUAAUCUCUACCUAAACCACAACGCCCUUGAGGUGAUACCACCACAAAUAUCUGCCCUACGGCACCUCGAAUUGCUCGACAUUUCAGGGAACAACCUCCAACAUCUACCGCCAGAGCUCGGUAUGCUCACCCAGCUCAAGGAACUCUAUUUCUUCGACAACCAGGUUACCACUAUCCCCCAUGAGCUAGGCACGCUCCACCAACUACAGACCCUCGGCAUCGAAGGCAACCCGAUGGAACCGUCACUAAAGGCCAUGGUUCAAAAAGAUGGCACCCCAGGCACUCAUUUCCUAUCUGCGCGACUCAUGCCCCGUCUUUCCCGCCUCCUCCGGAACGGCAGUGGAAGCACCUUGAUCCCUCGUCAGGCGGCCGGUGCUAGCGGUGAGACGUUCAGCGUCCUCUGCUACAAUAUUUUGUGCGAAAAGUAUGCUACGGAACGUCUGUAUGGUUACACACCAAAAGAGAUCAUCCUCUCAGAGGUCGUCUCCCACUCGGCCGACUUCCUAUGUCUCCAGGAGGUGGACAUCGCGCAGUACGAAGAUUACUUUGUCAAGAACCUACAGACGCGGGAUUACGAGGGUGUAUUCUGGCCCAAAUCUCCGGAUCGACGGAUGGUGGAUGGAUGCGCAACGUUCUAUAACGCCGCACGCUUCAAGCUCGUAGAGAAAGUUCUCAUCGAAUUCAGCGCCGUUGCGAUGCAGAGACAAGACUUCAAGAAGACGGAUGAUAUGUUCAACCGGGUCUUGGGCAAGGACCACAUCGCUGUGGUGUGUCUCCUGGAGGAUAAGCAGACAGGGACACGGUAUGUGAUUGCAAACGCACACAUACAUUGGGAUCCAGCGUACCGGGAUGUCAAGCUCGUGCAGGUAGCCCUAUUGGUGGAAGAGAUCGAGAAGGUGGCGUCGGCCUUCGCUCGGUACCCCCCACCAGCAGGAAUGGCAACAAAGUAUACCGAUGGGAGCAAGAUACCGGUUAUUAUCUGCGGUGAUUUCAAUUCGGUGCCGGAGAGCGGUGUUUACGAGUUCCUGCAAAACGGCGUGUUGAGUGCAGACCACCAGGACUUCAUGAAGCAUGUCUAUGGACGGUACACGGAGGAAGGGCUGAGACACCGAUUAGGACUGAAGAGCGCAUACAGCACAGGGCAGGGUGAAGAGAUUCUACCGAUGACGAACUACACGCCCAGCUUUAGGGGGGUCAUCGAUUAUGUGUGGUACUCGACGGCAACACUGGCGGUGAAUGCGGUGCUGGGUGAGGUGGACAGGGAGUAUUUAGACAAGGUGGUAGGAUUUCCAAAUGCGCACUUCCCAUCAGAGUAA